GUUUUAUUAGAGUAAAAGAAAAGGAAGGGUUUUAUGAAUAAAGCAAUCAAACUACAAGAUUCUCUUGAAAUGGGGAAAUCCCAUUUUGUCGCUUUAUUAGCUGUGUUCUUCUUCUUCAUUCUUCCGCUUUUCCAUGGAGGAUUCGCCAUGGCUGCAGGGACCUCAGAUGGAUCAGAACAAUGGGGUUACGUCGAAGUUCGACCUAAAGCUCAUAUGUUCUGGUGGUAUUAUAAAAGUCCUUAUAGAACUCAAGAUUCAAACAACCCAUGGCCUAUAAUUCUUUGGUUACAAGGUGGACCUGGUGCUUCAGGAGUUGGAACUGGAAAUUUUGAAGAGGUGGGCCCAUUAGACUCUUCCUUGAAGCCAAGAAACUCUACAUGGCUAAGAAAGGCAGAUCUAUUGUUUGUGGAUAAUCCAGUUGGGACUGGAUACAGUUUUGUUGAAGAUCGAGAGUUAUUGGUGAAAACUGAUGAAGAGGCUGCAACUGAUUUAACAACAUUGUUGAUUGAAAUAUUUAAUAGAAAUGAAACCCUUCAAAAGAGUCCUCUUUAUAUAGUAGCAGAGUCUUAUGGUGGUAAAUAUGCAGUCACUCUUGGAUUAUCUGCUCUCAAAGCUAUUGAAGAUAAAAAGUUAAAUCUCAUUCUUGGAGGAAUUGCAUUGGGAGAUAGUUGGAUUUCACCUGAAGAUUUUGUGGUAUCGUGGGGUCCUCUUCUGAAGGAUGUUUCAAGGAUAGGCGACAAUGGCUUGACACAAUCAAACAGUCUAGUUGAGAAAAUAAAGCAGCAAAUUGCAAAUGGAAAACUGAGAGAUGCUACAGAAACAUGGAGUGAUCUUGAAGAAGUGAUUAGUGCCAAUAGCAACUCCGUUGAUUUUUACAAUUUCAUGUUGGAUUCGGAGAUGGAUCCAUUGUCCAUGUCAGCAUCAGAGCUAAUGACGAAAAUAACCCCAAAGAAGAGGUACUCAAGAUAUCUUGAUUCAUUGAAGAAAUCUCCAGGUGGAAAUGGUGGUCUUGGUUACUUGAUGAAUGGUGCCAUUAGAAAGAAACUUGGGAUUAUCCCAAAUAAUGUGGAAUGGGGAGGACAAUCGAAUCUUGUUUUUGCAUAUUUAGAAGGCGAUUUCAUGCGACCAAGAAUUAACGAGGUUGAUGAACUCUUGAAUAAGGGGGUCAAUGUGACUAUAUAUAAUGGUCAACUUGAUGUUAUAUGUGCAACAAAGGGAACCGAAGCAUGGGUUGAGAAGCUCAAGUGGGAAGGGUUAAAGACAUUCUUGAACCUUGAUAGAACUCCAAUAUAUUGUGGAGAUAAUAGAAUUACAAAAGGGUUCACCAAAUCUUACAGAAAUUUACAUUUUUAUUGGAUUCUUGAAGCUGGUCACUUUGUGCCAGUAGAUCAACCAUGUGUAGCAUUAGAAAUGGUGGGAAGCAUAACUCAUUCCUCUGUGUCUACAAAGUAAAUGAUGAUUUGUAGAGAAAAAUGGAAAAUAAUAAAUCGGAAAGUAGUUAAAAAAACAAAAUUAGGAAAAGGUGACUAAUUUUUAUUUUUAAUUGAAUGUCGAAGCCAGAAAAGGUGACUUUUGAAAUGAACUUCAGAUAAGUAUGUAUUAUUAUUUAUUUCUGCGUUUUA